AUGAGCAUAAACAACCUACUUUUUGAAUUAGUUGCCCCUGCCACUGCUCUCGGUGCUAUUCUUGCCCUUCUUUUUGGUCCCGUAUUCUUUCCUCGUAUAUAUAUUUGGUUUUUGUUGACUUAUUUUACAACAUUUUUAUAUAUUUCCAUAAACCAUUUUCUUAAGUUCUGUCUUACUGUAAGAAAUAUAAAAAGAAAUAUUCGUAAUUGGAGUGCUCAACAAGAACAUCAAUCAAUGUCACGAGAUUAUGACACCAAAGAAGUUGUUAAGCGUUCAGCGACUAUUAAUGGAAGAAUAACACCAACGAGAAACGGAUACACAUCUGUUUCUAUGUCCAAUAAUUUUGAAAGUGAUAACAGAUGCAAUGAUAUGGAAAGCGUACUCAAACUUUAUGAUGAAGGUCAUUACAUCCAUGCUUUCGUUAUACCAAAUUAUCAAGAACCAGAACCAUUAUUAAAAGACACUAUAAAAAGAUUGGCCCAGCAUAGAAAUGCCACCACGACUUAUGUGAUCGUAUUGGCUAUGGAAGAAUCAGAGGUUGAACAGGCUUCAAAAGCCGCAAGCAUUAAACGAAAUUUUGAUGGUUCUUUCCUUGACUUUAUAAUUACGGUUCAUCCAAAGGAUGUUCCAGGUGAAAGUCGAGGAAAAGGUAGUAAUGUAGCAUAUGCAGCUCGAGAAGCUUGCGAUCAAUUGAUGAGGAAAAUCGAUAAAAGACGAGUUAUUUUUACAAUAACAGAUUCUGACUCGGCUAUUCCAGAACUUUAUGUUCGUCACGUAGAAAAGGCUUUGAUGGAAUCGGAAGAUCCUUAUAAUACAAUAUGUUCUCCGCCAAUAUUUUUCUCGAGAAAUGCAUUUAAAGUCCCCGCCGCGGUUCGUGUCACAGAUAUAAUGUGGUCUAUCAUGGUUAUGCAAAAUUUAAGUAAUCCUCGAGGAUUAGCGUUUCCUUGUUCUACAUAUAGUUUAAGCAUGGUUCUUGCUGAACAAGUUGGUUUCUGGGACACUGAUAAAGAUGCUGUUGGGGAAGAUUUACAUAUGUGGUUAAAAUGUUUUUUCAAAACAGGUGGUCAAGCUAGAUCAGUCCCAAUAUUUGUUCCUAUAAAUUUAACAAAUGUUGAAACAGCUAGUUACAUCUCAAAUAUUUACGCACGAUUCGUUCAAGCAAAGCGUCAUUAUAAUGGUGUAGCUGAUGUUGCUUACUCGUUAAAAUCUGCAUUCAAUAGUGACAAUCGUUCAUCAGAGGCUGAAUCGAUGUUACUGUAUAAUCAGAAUACGAUGAAUUAUCCUUCUUCGACAGGAAAGCGACAUUGUUUAAUGUCUUGUUCAUUUGUUGAUAAACUUGUAGUAGUAUUCCAUGUACUUGAAGCCCAUAUGAUUCCCGCAACAUCUGGAUGGUUAAUGUUCGCAGCAGUCCCAAUAACACAAUUCCUACUUAUUUCGACAUAUUCUCCUUUAGCUGACUAUUAUCCAGAUUUCCAAAACCCAAUAGUUACAUCAGAAUUCUAUGCUUAUAUGUUCUCAUUAGUACAGGCUGUGGGAGUGCUAUUACCUAUGCCUUUACUUUUAUGCGCGAUGCUUUACGAGGGUUUACAUAAGACAAUAGACUCAGAACUAUUCAAAAAGGGUAGUAGUGAAACACGGACGUGGAAAAACUAUGCAGACUAUGUGUGGUUACCAUUCAGUGCUUGGUUAUUUAUGACUUUACCAAGUACUUGGGCUUGCAUGAAGAGACUUACCCGAGGCGAAGAGAAUUAUGUUGUAGCUGAAAAAAUAUUUGUAGAACCUAUUGUAGAAUAA